AGCGCGCUUACAGGCUGGUUGCUCGGAGGGGAAUACGCAGUGGGGAAGGCCAGGCGGAUCUAAGUUUUGAUGACGCGACACGUGACGUGGGAGAUCCGUCGAGAGGGAGUGUAUUCCUCCGCCGUUUCCCUCCUAGUUCCCUUCCUCUCCUGGCAGGAACUUGUUCGCGUGGGGUUGUGUGUGGCAACCUCACCUCCCCAUAAUUCGCUUCUAGUUUGUGUGUUGUUCUUCAACUUAUAAGUUUGCCUUGAAAAAAAUUACCCCCAAAAAAAUUAUAAAAAUCUAAAAAUACCAAAAAAAUCAGUAAAACACAAAAACCACAAAAAAAGAGAACCCCACUGACUGCUUUCUCCAGUUUACGUGAAGACAAUCAAUUCUUCUGGUUCGAGCACAUCAAUGGCGUCCCUCUACGUUGGCGAUCUUCACCCGGACAUCACAGAAGCCAUGCUUUUUGAGAAGUUCUCUACGGCUGGACCAGUUCUCUCCAUUCGCGUUUGCCGAGACAUGAUCACCCGUCGCUCCUUGGGAUAUGCUUAUGUAAACUUUCAACAACCUGCUGAUGCUGAGCGGGCUUUGGACACAAUGAACUUUGACAUGGUGAAGGGUAAGCCCAUUCGCAUCAUGUGGUCUCAGCGAGAUCCAGCUCUCAGGAAGUCGGGUGUUGGGAAUAUCUUCAUCAAGAACUUGGACAAAUCCAUUGAUAACAAGGCUAUGUAUGACACAUUCUCUGCUUUUGGGAACAUCCUGAGCUGCAAGGUGGCCACUGAUGAGAUGGGAAACUCGAAGGGAUAUGGAUUUGUCCACUUUGAAACAGAGGAAGCAGCAUUGAAUGCCAUUGCCAAGGUGAAUGGCAUGUUGCUGAAUGGCAAGAAGGUCUAUGUUGGGAAAUUCAUUCCCCGCAAGGAAAGAGAAAAGCUUAUGGGAGAGAGAGCCAAGCGCUUUACUAAUGUGUUUGUCAAGAACUUUGGCGAGGAAUUCGAUGAUAACAGGCUGAAGGAUAUGUUCCAAGCAUAUGGAAAGAUCACCUCCUGCAGGGUGAUGACCACUGAUGAUGGUCGUUCCAAGGGCUUUGGAUUUGUUGCCUUUGAAGAUUCUGAGUGUGCUGAAAAGGCUGUGGAGGAGCUACAUAGCAAGGAUCUUGGGAAUGGCAAGACAUUGUUCGUGGGUAGAGCCCAGAAGAAGGCUGAACGGCAGAUGGAACUGCGGAAGAAAUUCGAACAGAUGAAAUUGGAUCGCAUGAGUCGCUAUCAAGGUGUGAACCUCUAUGUCAAGAACCUGGACGAUUCCAUUGAUGAUGAGCGUCUGCGAAAGGAAUUUGCUCCAUUCGGCACUAUCACUUCAGCCAAGGUCAUGACUGAGGAUGGGAGAAGCAAAGGCUUUGGGUUUGUCUGUUUCUCCUCUCCUGAAGAGGCAACCAAGGCAGUGACAGAAAUGAAUGGGCGCAUUGUGGGAUCCAAGCCACUGUAUGUAGCUUUGGCCCAACGGAAGGAAGAUCGCAAGGCUCAUCUGGCUUCUCAGUACAUGCAGCGCAUGGCCAACAUUCGUAUGCAACAGAUGGGACCUGUCUUCAAUGCAGGUGGCAGUUACUUCUUGCCAGCCAUGGCCCAACCACAGCGUUUCUAUUCACCAACUCAGUUGCCACAGGUGCGAGCGACACCUCGCUGGCCGACUCCUGCACCACAGCUCCGCCCUGGAGCCCAGGCUGCCACUGCGUUUGCAAACAUGAGUACCACAUUCCGUCAUGCAGCACCUCGUCAUGCUCAGCCAUCUCUCCGCAGCGCACUUGGAGCUCGUCCCAUGACGAGCCAACAGCCUGUGGGGCCAGGCGUGGCUGGCCGCCCAAUGGGAGCUCCUGGAGCUUCUGUGGGUGCCAAUCAGGUGCGGCCUCAAGCUUUCAAGUACACGGCCAAUAUGCGAAAUCCCCCACAGCCACUACAGGUCCCUCAGCAGCCAGUUCAACCAGUGGCUCAACAAGCAGUGCACAUCCAAGGCCAGGAGCCUCUUACAGCUACCAUGUUGGCUGCAGCUCCACCACAAGAGCAGAAGCAGAUGCUGGGUGAGCGUCUGUUCCCAUUGAUCCAGCGCAUGUAUCCCGAGUUGGCUGGCAAGAUCACUGGCAUGCUGUUGGAGAUCGACAACUCUGAGCUGCUGCACAUGCUUGAGCAUCAUGAGUCACUAAAGGCCAAAGUGGAGGAAGCUGUAGCUGUCCUCCAGGCUCAUCAGGCUAAACAGCAAGCAGCUGUCAUGGGCACUGCCCAGGUUUCUGCUACUGGUUCAGUCAAGAAGGACUGAGCCACAGCAUGAGCUUGUUGGGGCGUCCAUUGAGACGUGCAAGAUGGUGAAAGGGAGAGCAAAGUGGAUAGACUCGAUUGCCUCAUUCCUAAUCGGCUUCCUCUCUGCUCUCUCGUCUGUUCUUUCCUUUUAUCCCGUUGAAGUUGCCACAACACAUCUCGAUUUUGAAGCGCAGAAAGAAGUUCGGUUUAAUCACCAUGUUGUGAAAGGGAAAGAGAGAGUGAAGUCCCCACGUGAACACAAAAGUUCCUGUAUGCCUCUUCUAAUCCCAAUUCUCCUUGUUACCUUGGUAUCCUUGGCAUCACCAACAUCCCAAAAAAGUACCCAAAAAAAUUGUAAAAUUUGUACAAAACAUGAUUAAAAAAAAAAGAAAAUGAGGCUUCUCACCAAUUCCUCCUUUCUUCCUACAUCUCUCAUACUUCAUACUGUACUUCAUCACUCCUGUCUAAUGGAAAAAGGCAUGGUCUAUCAUGUCACAAAAAAAUAGCAAAAUGAGAAAAAACUCUAUAACAGGAUUCAAAACUCCAAAAAAAGGUGGUUCCAAUGUAAAACCACCAGGAAGACAAAUUCCUGGGCUGAAAAAAAAUUAUUCGCAUCAGGCAGACAAAUUUUAUGUUUCAGUCUCUUUUCUUUCACGAAAUAAGGCCGUAUUAGAAUACGUUCCUUUGAGGAGUCCCUCUUGGUUCGCCGUGAGUUUUGUUCCAUUUUAAAGAGCCUCUCUCUUUUUCUUGCAUGGUGCAUCCUUGUAUAUUUGAGUUGGCUUUGGGUCUUUUGUUAUUCCAUACCAGAGAAAUCCAGAAAUAAAGCUCGUGCGAUCAUGU